AGAAGGACAGAAAAAAACAGAAUCAACGACUUUGAAGAGUCAAUGCGAAAGUGACAAAAAUUCUCGCAAAUAAUAGAGAGAAAGAGAGAAGAGUCAUCGCCAAAAUCAGAUAAGCUUAAGCUAAGUAACCUCUGCGACGCAUGGCGAUUUCCAAGCUCUUUCUUCUCUCAGUAGUCAUUCUCUCCCUCCAUCGUCCUGUUCUUUCAGACAACGAAGAGGAAGAAUUUCUUCUCAAAACCAUCAACAUCUACAGAACCUCCAUCAACCUAACAACACUAACACAAAACGACAACGCAGAAUGUCUCGCUGACGAAAUCGCAGACGAGUUCAAGAACCGACCUUGCACAAGCAACACUGGCUCAGCUUUAGACCCUGGAUCCGAACCUGGAUUUCCGAAACUCCUCACCAAAUGCCGUCUCAACAUAAACGCAACUAGAGAUGGUGUGAUAAUGCCAGCUUGUGCUCAUAAUCAUGAUGCGAGCCAUGUCUUGACCAAUUAUACGAAUUCACUAAUCAAGAACCUAAAUGAUUCUAAGUUCACUGGAAUUGGUAUUGGUUCUGAUGUCAAUUGGGUUGUGAUUAUCCUCACUACAAACACAACGGAAGGUGGCUAUUCUAAGUCGGGUGGUUUCACAUUUGGAGUUAAUGGCGUCGUUUCUUCUUCAUCUUUGUUGGUUCUUCUCUUUUCUUUCUUCAUGUUUUGAGUCCCAUAUCUUUUGGCUUGUUUAUUUCAUGUUAAAAUUAUCUCGUUGUCUAUGUGUUCUCUAUCGUUUUUUGUUUCCUCGGGAUUAUGUGGUAGUGAUCAGCUUGUUUUCACUGCCAAGAUUCUUCUUCUUUUAACUUCUCUUUGUUGGCAAAUGUACGUAUCAUCUAAAGAUUCUACAAUAAACAAGAAUUACCUGCUUGAA